UGCACGCUUGAAAGGGGGCGUGGUGAUUUUUUUUCUUCGUGAGCGAGUUGAUUUUUUCAAUUGCUGUAUUUUCUUGCAGGCCUGUUUCUAGUUUCCGAGGAAGCCUUUUACUGUUUACCACACAGUAUAUGCAGUAUACCAUCCAGAGGAAUCAAAAUCUUACAUUAAUCAGAUCCAGCAGGUAGUGGAAAGAUGGCUGUUGAACGUGUCCGAGACAAGAUCCCUCUCAUUUCUCCCGAGGGCCAGAGGAUGUUGGGAGAGGCGUCGGCCAAACAGACGUUGCUCCUGCGCCUCUUCAAGGAACAAGAAAACAAUACGUUCUGUGGCAUUCAUUCCUCUGCCCUCAUCAUGAGCGCCAAAUGCCUCGGACAGAAGUACCCAGACCCCUCGGAGCAGGCCAAGUGCACCCUUGACGAAGCCCCCUACACGGAGGGGAACAUGUUCAGCUUUGAGGAAACGAAAGGCGCCCUCGACUUUGUAUCCUGCGAUACUCAGGGUGCUACAAUGGAUGAGAUCUACGGCCUCCUGUGUGCGCAUGCGUUCACAGUCCAGAAGGUCCACGUUAACGUCAGCACCGUCAAAGAAUUCCGGACUCUCGCGUCGGAGGCGCUAUCCCACGCGUGUUCCCAGAAGGGAGUGAUCGUCAACUAUGACGAGUACGAUCUAGGCCAGGAUGAUUUCGUCCAUGGACACUUUAGUGUCUUGGCUGCAUAUCACGAAAUAACGGAUCGGUUCCUGUUACUGGAUACAUGGUUCAAUACGGUAGACUGCUGGGUCAAUGCGGAGGAUCUCUUUCGUUGUAUGAAUACCUUUGAUAAAGAUGCUGAUAAAUAUCGAGGUUUCAUGAUUGUUGGGUGAUCUGUACAAUAUUACCAGCUGUGGGAUAUUUAACUCUUGCUUUUUCCUCUGCCAGUGUGACAUUUAUUUGAUAGAUGGUAUUGUCUGAUAGAAAACCAGAAGGGUAGUACUAACUAAUUUCCUUCUGGAUCUAAGCAGACAAUAUUAUUUCAACAAGUGAUCUAAAUUGAUUCUGCAGAAAAAGUUCAAUCAAUUACAAAAAAAUUAAAUAUCAAUAGAGCAUUCUUGGUCAGCCUACAAUUUCAUGCAUAGUAUUAGAAUAUUGUAAACCAGAAACUUUGGCAACAUAAAACUUUUGUGAAUUGCAGACCAUGGUUAUUAUUUUUAUAUACAUUGUGUAAUUGCUAAUAGAAACCAUCCUUUUAGAUGCCUCUGAAAUGCAAUUUCAUUGAAUUUGGACAUGAUUAUGCUACAUCUAUACAUGUACUCUGUACUGGUAUGAGUUGAUUUACUUGUACGAUGUACAUUUUUUUACUGGCAUUCAAUGCAUUAGAUACAAAAAACUUGUGCCAAUUUUUAAAUUUCUUGUUUCUGGACACUUCGUCAAAUUCAUGAAAGUUUCAUGCACCUGAAAGGUCAUAGAAGAAAAUUUUACCAACUUGCAAAGGGUGAAACUACUGUUAACAAAUCAUAGAUGUGGCAGACAACACUGGUUCAGCAAGGGUUAAUAAAUUGUAAAGCUCUUUUUCUCUUGUCAUUCCAUUUUAAUCUGCAAUCUACAUGUACAUGUAGUUUUAAAAGGGCCAAAUGUGAUGUUUUGGGGUUGCUUUCAAGCCAAAUCAUAUGUGUUUUCAUUGUGUUCCAGGGAUUAUCUGCAUCGCACAAACAUUGGUAGAGAUUGUCAUGAUCGGUGCUUCCUUUGAGCGGCAAAUCAGUGGCGUAUCCAAAAAUUUGAUAAACAGAGGGCGGGGGGCACUGGACAGAAUGAUUCAUAGAGUUUUUAGUGUUUGAAUUCACUUGCAAGGUAGAAGUUAGUUGUCUUAAGCUUGAUUUGGUUGACAAGGGGUGAAUGAAUUCAGUGGAUAAUUGUCCUAGAACUUAGAUAUUUAAAGGGCAAUCCCACCUUGUCAUAAAUUAUUUUGUAUAAAAGCAAAAAAAUGAGAGCAACAGGAAUU